AUGGCGUUACCACUUCAGUUCAAAACCUCGUUUCUACCUCUGGAAAUCAACUUUCUAGCGGAAAAUGAGCUUAUCACCAUAUUGCCCAGAGUCUCCAUGAAAUCGGUGGAGCUCAUCGGCACUAACUUGCCCAACUUAAACGCAAUGAGAAGACAGGAGAUUCCCCUCUGGCUCGCGCUCAUCCUCAAGGCACAGGACAAAUGCCAGAUCAUCCCACCCAUAUGGCUUAAUGUGGCGUACUUGAAGGCGCGAUACGACGAGGAACUUGAGUUUCCCAACCGAUUUUCGUCUUUACCGUGGCACUGGCUUGAGCUUUCUAAAAUGCUCCUCACAAAGGCCAGCGAUGAUCUCACAGAUGCGCCCCACUUGAUCCGGUCCAUCAUCCAGGACUUACGGGAGGUCAGGUUGGUGAAGUCGCGUAAGGGGUUGAAGGAGUUGAACGAGGCGUAUUUGCAGUUGGAUAACUUGUCUUUGAUGGAGAUUAACGAAAUCCGGCCGUACGUGGCAGAGGUUAUGGACGAGUUGAAGAAGUUAUCCGACUGCGUCAAGAAGGACGAUUCUAUGGAUAUGGAGACGAAUGACUAUGAAGAAGAUGAGAAUUAUUAG